AUGAUGUUUGGAUAUCCAAUUGCAGGAGCUAGUGUAUAUUCCUCCGCUCAGACAGUUGCUGCUGCUCCUGUUGUUAGUCCUAAUAUUACAGGAGCAGCUGGGGGUGCUCCUGUUGUUAGUCCUAAUAUUACAGGAGCAGCUGGGGGCUGGCCUGGUUCAAAUGCUAUCUCAAUUUCACAGCAAGCUGAGCUUGCUGGUUCAAAUGCUAUCUCAAUUUCACAGCAAGCUGAGCUUGCCAAGAAAGCUUUGCAUGAGAAUGUGUGUAGGCUUAAGGAAUCUCAUGGCCGGACUGUGGCAUCCUUGUCCAAGACUGAAGAAAAUUUGUCUUCUUCAUUGUCAAAUGUGACUACUUUGGAAAAUUCUUUAGCUGCUGCUGGUGAAAAGUACAUCUUUAUGCCAAACCUUCGUGACUUUGUUUCUAUUAUAUGUUCAUUUCUGCAGGUGCCCUUGACUAUGAAAGCUUUAGAGAUGUGGACAUGGUUAUUCAGGGCAGAGGCAUUCAUGAUCCAACUCAAACUCUGGAAGAGCUUUACUCACUAUUAUUGAUAUAUGGGCAUGUUUUAGCAUAAUAAUUCUUUAAAUAUUUAUUUUUUUGAAUUUUUGUAUAAUUUUUGUGGAUUAUUCAUUGAGGUUUUUGUGGAUUUAAUGUGUAAUGACUAUCAAUUUUGUACAGGAAAAAAUUGUAUUUAUUAUUAUUAUCAAUUUAUAUUUUUAUCAAAUAAUUUUAUUUUUUUAAAUAAUAA